AAAUGCCUUUUGCAUCUAAAACUAUCGGACCUGCCAACCUCUCGCUUCCAGAUCCAACUCAAUGGGAAGACCAUUCUAACAGUUGCUACACACAGGUCCUGCUUCAGCUGUCGGACUUGAGCUUCACCGCACAGGAUGUGUUGCAGCAACUGAUGACGCAAUCAGCAGCAAUUAAGCAGAGAGUGAAGCGAGUUGAAGAAAGGAUCAAACAGGCCGACUCAGAUGUGAGCAAAUUGUACAAAACUCAAAGCGAAGUGAGUUUUCUGAAAGUGAACCGCAGACAAUUGUUCGCUACUGAUGAGUGGGAUUCCAAUCGCAUGACAUUCAUGUCUGCCGAGAACAGACCAGUGGCCAUACAGAACAUGUUACAAGAAUGUGACUUACCACCAGACGUCCACAGAUGGAACAGGGAGGGCGAGGUUUCGCUGACGAAGAAGUACACGGACUCAGAGUUUUUCUUCCGCAUCUGGGUGGAUGAGAUGACGCGCAAGAUGGAGAAGAAAGAUGAGAAGGUGGAUGAAGAAACGGGGACCGUCCCUGAAAGAAGGCCAGAACGUAAAAAACCAAUGACGGCACUGACUCCUGCCGAGAUACGUCUUGAAAGGCUGAACAGAAACAAAGCAGAGGGUGCAUUUGCGACAGAGAGGAGACCGUCAGAAGUGCGGAGGGGAAGCUCAACUCCUAGUGAAUCUGUAAAACCACAUGAUCCAGCACCUCCGAUUAAAAAUCCGAUGCUGCCUCCGAGUCCAACCAACCAGUCUCACUCCCCGGGCCCAGCUUCUCUUGUUCUGGAUCCUAAAAUGUAUCCACGUGUGAAUUCAGUGGCACCACCGCCUCCACAAUCAGAGCCGCCUACGCUUCCUAAAAGGCCAUCAAUGGUAACUACUCGUCCGCCGCCAUCUCCAGUGCCCCCUCCCAAUCCAGGAAUUGGAGUACCUCCGCGACCGCCAAUUAAAGCAACUGUAGUACCUCCGCCACCGCCAAUUAAAGCAACUGUAGUACCUCCGCCACCGCCAAUUAAAGCAACUGUAGUACCUCCGCCACCGCCAAUUAAAGCAACUGGAGUACCCACGCCACCGCCAAUUAAAGCAACUGUAGCACCUCCGCAACCGUCUGUUGCAGGAGGCGGGGUUCCACCACCAUCGCCACCGCCGCCGCCGAAGGUCGGAGGCGGUGGUCCACCACCACCGCCACCACCACCACCUCCUCCCCCGCCUCCAGGUGGAGCAAGCUCAACUCCAAAGCCAUCUGUGUCAAAUGCUGGAGGCAAAAGUCUACUGGAUCAGAUUCAAGGAGGCGUUGAUUUAAAACGUGCCCCGUCAGCAAGUGAGAGCAAACCGAGCAGCGAAGGAGGAAGCAGCGAUUUGCUGUCUCAACUUGCUGGAUUUAACAAAAACAAUUUGAAGAAGAGAACAGCGGAGGAAAUUGCGAAGGAUAAAGAGAAGAAGCCACUUAAGGGAGGUGGGGCUAAUUUUGCAGAUGAGAUCGCGCUUCGAAUCAGAGCAGUGAGGGCGAUGCAAGUGGUUGAAGAUGACGACGAUGAGUGGUGAACGGCGAUAGGUCGCAAAAAAUAUUCACCAAGGUGAACAAAAACUAAUGCUAAUCCAGCUAAUAAUGAAUUGUGUAAUGUGUAUAGUGCUUAAAACUAGCAUUUAUGUCGCGCAAUUUAUGUUUUUAUUGUAAUAUAAGUAGCAUUUAAUUUUUGAAGCAUUUAUGUUUUGUAAAAAAUCUUUGCUUUGUGUAUAAUUGUAAAAAGGAAAUAAUGUAGAAAUAAUCUAUGGUUC